AUGGAUCGCGGCGGCAACGUCAAGGUUGUUGUCCGGCUCCGGGCCUUUCUAGAACGAGAUCUUGAACGAAAUGCGCCAUGCCUCGUUGACAUGGAUCCCGUCUCCCAGAUCACCACCCUCAGAGCCCCCGAGCCGGAAGAUGCUCGCCCUUCGAGCCCGACCAAAUCCCGGAAAGUCACCGGCGACAAGAGCUUCGCCUUUGACAACUCCUUCUGGAGUCACGACCCCGAGGACAAGGACUAUGCCAACCAAGAAGACAUCUACAACAGCCUCGGCGAAGAGUUCCUCGACCACAAUUUCGAGGGCUACCAUACUUGCAUCUUUGCCUACGGCCAGACCGGCUCCGGAAAGAGCUACACCAUGAUGGGAACGCCCGAGAACCCCGGGCUGAUUCCUCGAACCUGCGAGGAUCUAUUCGAGCGCAUCGAAGCCGCCCACAACGAAAACUCCAACGUCGCUUACAACGUCCGGGUCUCCUAUUUCGAGGUCUACAACGAGCAUGUCAGAGACCUCUUGGUGCCCGUCGUCCCCAACACUGCCCCCAACUAUCUCAAGAUCCGCGAAUCGCCCACCGAAGGACCAUACGUCAAGGAUCUCACCGAGGUGCCUGUACGAAACAUUCACGAGAUUAUGCGAUACAUGAAGGUGGGCGACGCAUCCCGCACCGUGGCCAGCACCAAGAUGAACGACACCAGCAGCCGAAGCCACGCCGUCUUCACCAUUAUGCUGAAGCAGAUCCACCACGACAUGGAAACGGAUGAGACCACGGAACGCAGCUCUCGCAUUCGUCUGGUUGAUCUGGCAGGUAGCGAGAGGGCGAAAACAACCGAGGCUACGGGAGCCCGGCUUCGCGAGGGUAGCAACAUCAACAAGUCUCUCGCCACCCUUGGCCGGGUCAUUGCGGCGCUGGCAGGCCCUCCCAAGCAGCUGCGGUCAGGCAAGAGAAAGGAUGUGGUGCCCUAUCGAGAUUCCAUCUUAACGUGGCUGCUCAAAGACUCCCUCGGCGGCAACAGCAAGACUGCCAUGAUCGCCUGCAUUGCUCCUUCGGAUUAUGAGGAAACGCUCUCGACACUUCGUUACGCCGAUCAAGCCAAACGCAUUCGCACCCGCGCCAAGGUCAACCAAGACCAUAUCACAUCCGCCGAGCGCGAUGCUCAGAUUGCUGCCAUGGCGCAAGAAAUUCGAAUGCUGCAGCUAUCCGUCUCGGACUCCCGCCAGCGCGAAAAGAAUGCUCAAGAGGCUGAAGAGCGCCUGGAAGAGUACCAGAUAAGUGUCAGCGCCAUGCAGCGCAUGAUGGAAGAACGCAGCAUGGUUGCCGAGAGCAAAAUCAAGAAGCUGCAAACGGAGAACGAGGCCCUCAAGCUGCAUCUCAAGCUGGCUAUUGAGAGUCUCAAGAACCCCAUCCCGUCGGUUCCCCUCGAGAGCAAGGAGUCUUCAGAUGAUGAGGAUUACGACUACGACUCGGAGAGUACGGCAGCAGAUGACGAACUUCAACAGGAGAUGGAGCGCUACUUGCAGGACAUGGGCAACCUCCGGAAGCUUAUUGGCGGCGACCUCUCUAGAUUCAAGGACACGGACAGCGUGCGUAUGCCUCUUGGCGGCUAA